GAUCUGUAGCCAAACCAGCUUACAAUUUUGACUUUUCAAAACCUUGCCAAAGAUGUGUAGCCCUGAGGUCUGGCCAGCUCUUGUUCAUCUAUGCCAGUCAAAGCUUAGGACAAGAAAAUUCCAAAAUAAUAAUUCAGGUGCCUUCACAAACCUGGCAUUGCUGUGCCUGGGCAUCCCACAGACUUUCGGCAGGUGGGUUCACUCUGGUGACUUGCUAACCUCUCAGCAUAAGGUGCGCAGCACGUGUUCCCUUUGCAUGACGCUGCGUAUUUAUUCACAGCUCUGUGAGAUCGGCUGCAGUGCAUUUUCAUUCUGUGUAUUGUUCUCUGGGGCUGGUGAUGCCAUCGCAUUGUGCUGAGUUUUUAAGAGUGCGAGCAGCACUGCUGAUGUGACUCCCUGGGAGCCUACUUUCCACUGGCCUGGGAUAAAAUUUGGUGGUUCAUUCUCUGUCGGACGCACGCGCGUGCAGGGAGGCAGGCACGCCAAGAGCAAUGGGGUUAGUGUAGCUGGGACACUGAAAAACUAUGCAGGAUUCACCCAGCUCUCUGGUGAUGGAUGGAUACUCCAGCAAUGUGCCAGCCUUCCUAACCAAACUCUGGACGCUGGUGGAAGAUCCUGAAACGAACCAUCUCAUCUGCUGGAGUACUAAUGGCACCAGCUUCCAUGUGUUCGACCAAGGACGCUUUGCCAAAGAGGUGCUGCCCAAGUAUUUCAAACACAACAACAUGGCCAGUUUCGUCCGGCAGCUGAACAUGUACGGCUUCAGGAAGGUGGUGAACAUCGAGCAGGGGGGUCUCGUCAAGCCCGAGCGGGACGACACCGAGUUCCAGCACCUCUGCUUCCUGCAGGGCCACGAGCACCUCCUGGAGCACAUCAAGAGGAAGGUGUCGGUAGUGAAAAGUGAGGAGACCAAGAUGCGCCAGGAGGACCUCAGCAGGUUGCUAUACGAGGUACAGAUACUGAGAAGUCAGCAGGAGAACAUGGAGUGUCAAGUGCAGGACAUGAAGCAGCAAAAUGAAGUUCUUUGGCGGGAAGUUGUUUCUCUCCGGCAGAACCACUCACAGCAACAGAAGGUGAUCAACAAGCUGAUUCAGUUUCUGUUUGGCCAGCUCCAAUCAAGCCCUAGCAGCACUGGGAUAAAGAGGAAGCUACCUCUGAUGCUUGACAACGGGAUCUCAGCUCCGCAAGUGGCCAAGUUCAGCCGGCAUUUGUCUACAGACCCCCUGCAUGACCCCUAUUUCAUACAGUCGCCGUCAACAGAACCUGCCUCUUGCUUAAACAGCCCUGCAAUUGCUGGAGGACCCAUCAUAUCUGAUGUUACUGAAGCAUCACCAUCCAACAUAAUAAAUAUGCAAUCCCCUCCUGAAAAUGACAGAGAGAAGUGCCUCAUGCUGAUCAAGGAAGAGCCAGUCAGCCCUGGAGUGAAAGCCAGCGCUGAGCCUGAUGUCCACCUGCCAGGCUGCCGGGCUUGCUCUGAGCCGCCUGUGCUCCCGGUCGCCAUGGUUCAGUCUGUUUUGGAAGGCAAAGGGAGCUGUGGUGCAGCCCCACCAGGGACCUCACAGCCAUCUGAGAGAAGAGGCAGAAGGGCAUUGCUGGACAGAACAGAUAUUUCAGACCCGUUGGAGGGCACGGACUGGAGCUUGGAAGGGCUGCAGCUGCUGCUGAGGAGCCAGCAGUACGGCCUGGAGCCUGCCAGCCUCUUGGAUGUCUUUAAUCCCAAUUUAUCUUUGAGUGAGUGGAAUUUGACUGAAAUGGAAGCCAGUCUGUCCCCGAUGCAGCGACUCACAGUGGAUCUGGAGAAGAAUGCAACUGAGCUGCCCUCAAAAGUGUUCAACCCACCGUUUAACACCACCUGCCCAGGGAAAGAUGUCAUUCUUGAAAGCACCCAGCAGUUCCUCAUUGAUCGUCAGUCAAUCUUUGGAAACGACCUCAUCAGCUUGCCUGAAAGUUCAUCGCUUUAUGUUCCAUCUGAAAAUAUGGCUUCCUACCUGUCCUCUGUGGGUGUCCAAGGGGAUAUCCCAUUAAACCUGAGCUCUUCAACUGACAACAACCAGUGAUUUAGCUUCCCAGAAACAUCAUCUCCCUCCCACCCAUCCAAGCAUCCACAGGUUUGAAUGUAAAGAAACAAAAGUGACUCAGAAACCCAUAAGAGAGUUUCUUUUUGUGCCCUUUCUUUUUGAGUAGAUGGAAAUGUUCAUUAGCUGUUGUAUUACCCUCCCUGCACCUGGAUUUCAGUGUUUGCCCAGGAUAACAAUUUUAAAACAAAAUACUGCUUCUGGUGCUUCCUCCUAUGCGGAGCGAGAACUUGGCAGGAUUUUUUUUUUCUUGAAAAUGCUUUUAGAAAUUUAAAAUCUUCUAAUAAAAUUUAAUUGAAGCGUAGCUUGAAAGUACAUUAGGGACCUCAUAAAAUAAAGUGAUCCUGACUAGUGCCUGCAACAGCAAACUGUUGGAUUUUAUUGGGGCAGCACAGAUUAGCUAAGAUGCCUGACCCUUCUGGAUGCUGUUUUUUAAAUAGGAAAAUAGUUCUAUAUGCCAGUCCAAUGCUCUAAAAAUAUUCUUUUAUCCAUUUUCUGGUUUUGAUGGGAUGCACUUGUGCCUCUCCCUUAUCCUUCUAGGGUGAGCAGGAAAAUGAAGACCUCUUGGGGUGUGCAGAAGAUCAUUUUCUGAGUGACCACUCCAAGAGUGUGUCUCUGGCUCCUAGGGGAGUUACAGACCAUCACAGACCCCCAAACAUCCCAUGCUAAGUUGAGAGGGUUUGCUGUUUGGGAUUUUUUUUUUUUGCCCCAAAUUUAUUUUCUCUAACAUAAAGGCAGGACACCCCAUACUUUAAAAAAAAAGAAAGAAAAAAAAAAGGAUAGACUCUUCUGCACACAGUUUUCCAUGUGCAAAGAGGACUGAGGGACUCUGGGUUUUGGUGCUGGCUAAGUAUUCUGUGUCCAGUCCAAUGAUUUUUUUCCUUGGCCUUGACCUGUUCUAUUUUCCCUGAAGAUGUGCCUGUUGGUUUAUUGAUGUAUAAAAUCUGAUGAACCAGUUUAAUUGAUCGGAUCCCCUUUUUAGAAGGACUCUCAGCUGCUCAAUGUAGGAGAGAGGCAGAAGGGUUAGUCCACCAUGUCCCACUAACUUUUCUUCUGUCCUUUGUGCAUCUGAGACCAGCCUCCAAAGGUUGAAUUAAUCUUCCUCUUUCAUGUGGUUUCUGACAACUGAGUUUCUUAACAAAGCAGAGCUUUGUUUUUUAUGCUGUAGUUCUAAUGAGAACGUAUUAUUUAUCUCGGUAUCCUCUAAUUGAGUUGCUUUUCCUUAGGAAAGAUACCCAAAUGCAGUAAGACAGACCCAGGAAAUACAACUGACUCAGGCCUCCUAAGGGCUUAGACAGGGAGGUAUAAGCCAUGCCCGUAUCGUUGGAAGAAAUGCUCUGCCCACUUUCGUUCCCAUGAGGAUUGUGGGUUCUAAACCGUAUUUCGAGCAUCGUGAAUGAUCAAGCAGCAUCCACCCCAAAAUGUAGUCAAUCAAUCAGAUGAAUGCAGGCUCAAAUUCUCCUUAAUAAGAUAAGCAUUUUUUAAAUGGACCUUCCUGUCACAGCCCUUUCCUCCAUCCAUUUAUCAGUACGUGAACAGAUGUGUUGGUUCAGAAACAUUAACUUUUGAGCCCAUUUUUCCCCAGCUAACUACUGUGGGCUGAGAGUUCUGUCACCACCUUCCUGGUGCAGUCUUCGCAGGAGCGAAGUUGUGAGAGCUUCUGAAAUAAUUCCAGCAACUGUUUUCGUGUUCAGGACUAAGGGAAAAUUCGGGCAGCCCCCAUUGGCCUGGUAUUUAGAUGAAUGUGCUUGAGUGUAUCAUGGACAAGGUUUUCCUUUUUGACAGAUUUGUGCUUAGGAAGUUCCCCUAGAUCAGCUCAUUUGCCACUGUAUUUUGUCAUUUCCGGCAAUGGAAAGUCAUUGCGUUGCAUUCUGUUUACUUCUUUUCUCAUAAGUCAUUGAAAACUGUCUGGUGGUGUCUCACAUCACCCAACAGCGUAUGUUAUCCCCGUUCAAGAUUCACAUCCUUCUCCGAACCUUCACACGCUAGAUUGCCUUAAUGUUAACUGAAUGUAUUGAUCCAAUAAGGUAUUUAAGCAUGUGCUUAACUUCAAGUUCCUGAGCAGUUUUCCUGUAUUUUUAUGAAGCCUAUCACAUGCUUGAGGUUAGACAUUUGCUUCAGCAUCUUACUGGAUUGUCUAGUUGCGGUUGAGAAAUGAACCAUCUUAGGAGAGCUACUUCUGGGUAGACAAAGGUGCAGCUCAGACAACAAGGGUGCCUGACACCAUCUCAGGCUGCAGCAUUUUUUAUAGCGCGAAGUGGCAGACUGCACUUGCUGUGAGCAGCCACCCGGGAUGGUUCUUGGGUUUUUCUUUAGGCUUUUUGCUCUGCUAUAAACAUGAGAUUGGAGCUUGAUGGUGCGAGAGGAACCUCCAGGAAGAGUAUUUGAGAGCCACUCCCGUGAAGAAGCAAGCUUGUGUUCCUUGGCUUUUUACAUUGUUCAUUUUACUUGAAGGUGAUGUGCUGAGACUGCGUUUUUGCACUAUGCUGUAUAUUUGUAAAGUUUUACAGAAAACACUAAUUAAAUAUGUUUCCUUUUUCUCA